GCUUUGAACGGGCCAUGCUCGUGAAGCAGAUGGCUUUGACUGACGAGGACCAGACGGCUUCUAUGGCUGCCACCUUGUUGGCGCUGGGAGGCGCCUACCUGCAGACGGGCUCUCCUGUCAAAGCGGCUCGAUGUUUGCAGACCGUGGUGGCAACCUUGGAGGAGCUGGGUGAUGCUGCCGAUGAGCUUAUGCUGGCUUCGGCCUAUCAGAGCCUUGCUGGAUCAUAUCGCGCUGCCGGCCAGCAUGGACAAGCACUGCAAUGCUACAACCUUUGCCUUGAGCUUCGAGAGGCCAAGCUUGGCGCGGAGCACUCUCAGCUAAUCCCCGUGCUCAACAACCUCGGCGCACAGGCAGUUGUGGGACGUUAG